UGAGCCUGGUCUUCCUUCUUUUCUUUAAAAUGUUAAUGUUAAUACCUAUUUCUGUGAUUGCUUGAGACUAGGCAUAUGUUAAUUUCUUUGUGCAUAUAAUAGAAACUCAAGAAAAAUGACACCCCAUUUCCUCCCCACUCUGUCACCUUCCAUCAUCUCAACCUCUUGGUCAAAGUGACCAUCCUGCUGGGAAAUAAAACUCUCAAUGAAAUAAAAUAAUAACAUGUUUUUCUUCUGUAGUAAUUGACCUUUCAAUCUAAAAGAACAUAAGAAUUUGGAAGAAAAAGUAAAAACUGAAAUAGAUGGUUCCUUCCACUUCUAUUUGUUUCUGAGCAGCUUCUAGUGGCCAAAUGUUUCUUGGUAGCAUAUUCUCUCCAGCAGAACCUUCCAGAAUGCUUCAGUCCAGUGAAGAGAAGGGCAGCAGGCUUUCUAAUCACACGGUGUUGCUUGCUGAGGGGGAAGGCAGACGUCCGCAUGUAUAAUCCGAUUUCAUCAACUCACACUAAUCACUACUGAUAGUAGCAAAAUUUAGCCUGGAUCUGCGCCGUUAAUCUAGAUUGACAGGAGGUAAAAGGAGAGGAACGCAAGGGCACAGGAACAAAGGGCGGAGCACCAGCACUGAUUUCUAGCCUUGCUCUUCCAUCUGGGGCUUCUAAUUUGCUCCCCUUUGGGUCUUCUGUUUUUCUUACCUUAUACACAAAUAUCCCCGGUUGUUAGGAUACCAGCCUUUCACAGAGCGGUUUCAUCAACAACAGGUGCACAGUGAGCUUCUGGGACUGCAGGGAGAGCGAUAACCUACGUGCUGAGGCUGCGCAGAAGGUACUUACAGGUACUCAUUGUACCUGAGACUAUGUAUUAUUUAUUGAAACUGAGCCCUGAAUUGUCUUUAUCCUCUGAGCGGCACUAGUGCCUCCUAAAAUGGAUGCCAACAGCAGCUAAUCUACAAGGGCUCCUACCUGCUCCUUGCUCUCAUUAUUUUUCUUAAGAGUAAUUGUAAGUGGUAGCUACCGAGCUUCUGAUGAAAGCUUGGAGAAUCACUGGGAAUUGCAAUUGAACAGCUGGGAGAGGAACACCUCUGUGACUUUGUACGUUUCCACGUGGACUCAAGUUUUAAUUUUUUUAAGGGACUGCUCCACUUUGGAUGUUGUGGCUCUACAAAAGAUAGCAUGUUGUAGGUUCUGCCUCCAUAGACUGUGAUUAUAGUGGGAGCCUGUGAUGUGCGUGUUUAUAUGUUUCAUGAGCAAAAGGAAGAUGGGCUACGGGAAGGUUACUUUUGCUGUUACUUAUGAUACCUUUGUCUGGCAAACCAGAGAACUUUUUGCAUUUGGGUAACAAAGACAUUUGGAAUAUAUUCCAUUGGAUUUUCCAUGCUGGUGAAGCUAUUGUGGACUGCUUCAUUACUGUAUGCUGCCAUGCCAAAAUCACCUAAGGGCAAAAAUGUCUCCUGGGGUUCGGCAGACUCCUACACUAGCCGUCCAUCCGAUUCCGAUGUGUCCCUGGAGGAGGACCGGGAGGCAGUGCGCAGAGAAGCAGAGCGGCAGGCCCAGGCACAGCUGGAAAAGGCAAAGACAAAGCCCGUUGCAUUUGCGGUUCGGACAAAUGUCAGCUACAGCGCAGCCCAUGAAGAUGACGUGCCGGUGCCUGGCAUGGCCAUUUCCUUUGAAGCAAAAGAUUUUCUGCAUGUUAAGGAAAAAUUUAACAAUGACUGGUGGAUAGGGCGUUUGGUCAAAGAAGGCUGUGAAAUCGGAUUCAUUCCAAGCCCAGUCAAACUAGAAAACAUGAGGCUGCAGCAUGAACAGAGAGCCAAGCAAGGGAAAUUCUACUCCAGUAAAUCAGGAGGAAAUUCAUCAUCCAGUUUGGGUGACAUAGUACCUAGUUCCAGAAAAUCGACACCUCCAUCAUCUGCUGUAGACAUAGAUGCUACUGGCUUAGAUGCAGAAGAAAAUGAUAUUCCAGCAAACCACCGCUCCCCUAAACCCAGUGCAAACAGUGUAACGUCACCCCACUCCAAAGAGAAAAGAAUGCCCUUCUUUAAGAAGACAGAGCACACUCCUCCGUAUGAUGUGGUACCUUCCAUGCGACCGGUGGUCCUGGUGGGCCCUUCUCUGAAGGGCUACGAGGUCACAGAUAUGAUGCAAAAAGCGUUGUUUGAUUUUUUAAAACACAGAUUUGAAGGACGGAUAUCUAUCACAAGGGUUACUGCUGACAUCUCACUUGCCAAACGCUCAGUAUUAAACAACCCCAGUAAGCACGCGAUAAUAGAAAGAUCCAACACAAGGUCAAGCUUAGCGGAAGUUCAGAGUGAAAUUGAAAGGAUUUUUGAACUUGCAAGAACAUUGCAAUUAGUGGUCCUUGAUGCAGAUACGAUUAAUCAUCCAGCUCAACUUAGUAAAACUUCCUUGGCCCCUAUUAUCGUUUAUGUAAAGAUUUCUUCUCCUAAGGUUUUACAAAGGUUAAUAAAAUCUCGAGGGAAAUCUCAAGCUAAACACCUCAACGUCCAGAUGGUAGCAGCUGAUAAACUGGCUCAGUGUCCUCCAGAGUUGUUCGAUGUCAUCUUGGAUGAGAACCAGCUUGAGGAUGCCUGUGAGCACCUUGCCGACUAUCUGGAGGCCUACUGGAAGGCCACCCAUCCUCCCAGCAGCAGCCUCCCCAACCCUCUCCUUAGCCGUACAUUAGCCACUUCAAGUCUGCCUCUUAGCCCCACCCUAGCCUCUAAUUCACAGGGUUCUCAAGGUGAUCAAAGGACUGAUCGCUCCGCUCCUAUCCGUUCUGCUUCCCAAGCUGAAGAAGAACCUGGCAUGGAACCAGUCAAGAAAUCCCAGCACCGUUCUUCCUCCUCAGCCCCACACCACAACCAUCGCAGUGGGACAAGUCGUGGCCUCUCCAGGCAAGAGACAUUUGACUCAGAAACCCAGGAGAGUCGAGACUCAGCCUAUGUGGAGCCAAAGGAAGAUUAUUCCCAUGACCACAUGGACCACUAUGCCUCCCACCGUGACCACAACCACAGAGAUGAGACCCAUGGGAGCAGUGACCACAGACACAGGGAGUCUCGGCACCGUUGCCGGGACGUGGAUCGAGAGCAGGACCACAACGAGUGCAACAAACAGCGCAGCCGUCACAAAUCCAAGGAUCGCUACUGUGAAAAGGAUGGAGAAGUGAUAUCCAGAAAACGGAACGAGGCUGGGGAGUGGAACAGGGAUGUUUACAUCCGCCAGUGACUUUUGCCCUCUUGUGUGUGUGUGUGUGUGUGUGUUUUUUUUUUUUUUUUUAAGUCUUUGGGGUCUACAUUGCAAUCAUACGUGAUCUGUCUUUAAUAUUUUGUAUUGCUGUUGCUUGAAUAGCAAUAGCAUGUAUAGAGUAUUAAGACACAUUUUUUCUUUUUAAGUGCUACAUAAAUUGGCCUGGUAUGGCUGCAGUUCUCCAGUUGUAUACUGGACUCUUCAAAAACUGUUUUGGGUAGCUGCCACUUGAACAAAAUCUGUUGCCACCCAGGUGAUGUUAGUGUUCUAAGAAAUCUAGCUGAUGUAUCCAACAAGCCAGAAUCAGCAUAGAUAAAAAGUGGAAUUUCUCGUUUAUCCAGAUUUUUAAUAUGCAGGCACCUGAUUUGCAUAUUCAUUCAUGGACCACUGUUUCUUGCUUGUACCUCUGGCUGACUAAAUUUGGGAACAGAUUCAGUCUUGCCUUACACAAAGGGGAUCAUAAAGUUAGAAUCUAUUUUCUAUGUACUAGUACUGUGUACUGUAUAGACAGUUUGUAAAUGUUAUUUCUGCAAACACCUUCUUAUAUAUAAUAUAUAUAUAUAUAUCAGUUUGAUCACACUAUUUUAGAGUCUUAAUGCCAAGUCAGCAGAUUUGCUUUAUGAAUUACAGGGCCUAGAAAUGCCCACAUUCAGGAAAUUUGUAAUAACAUUGUCUAGACACCUAUCCUCAUUCUAGUAGAGUCUGUACAUACUGUAAAUAUGUGUGAUUGCUUGAAUUGAAAAGGUUUGAAUUCUGAAUGUCGUACCAUCCUUCUAAGUUUGUAAUUUUCACCAUAAAUUAUGGUAAAUAUAAAACUCCAGAGGUGGUUGUCCUCCCUGCAGUUCACACUGAUUGUGACACAUUCUUAGUAGCUAGUGUCUGUCCUAGUCACUGCACUGGAGUCUAUGAGCCGGAACUCGCUAUAUGCACGUGUGUGUGUCCAUAUGUAAGAGUGUGCACGAGUGACUGAAUGGCUGAGAUAAAUUGGAAUGCUGAAGACUAGUGAAGAAACUAGAGACUGAUAUCGAGCAUUCUGCCCACCUGGCUCUGUAUUUACUUGUGCUAUAUGUGGCUUUAAUAACCCAUUGAGCAGUCAGGGAAUGUGAGUAAGCUUGCUGCCAAAGGUAACUAGGAAAGCAUUCAUCUGCUGCCUCCUUGUUUUUGCUCCUAGAGAGUAAAAAUACAGGCAAUUUUACUGUGAGUGUUUCACUGGAAAUGUAUAAUCUUUGUGUGUUAGAGUAUUUGUUUGAGUAAGAAACGUUUACACAGCUUGUGGAAUUAUUUCGUGGGAAAAUAAAUUUUUAUAACUUCUCCCACUUCA